CUAUCGAGUACGUUCAGGAGCGACGCGUCGCCGCCGACGACCGGACCGAUAUAACCCAGGCCGCAAUGCGGAGUUCCCGGUCCAUUGUACGCAGAACGCAGUUUUAGUGCUUCAUGACCGCCACGGCUUGAAAUAAUGUAACGAUAAACAAAUAUAAUUAUGUAAUAAUGUUCUACAAGUAUUGCACGAAAAUCGAACAGGCAAUAGAAGCUGAUUGAUUGGUGUAGCAGUGCGUCGCAAAUUCGUUGCCAUAGUUACAUGCUGGUAAUACUAUAUAUACGGAUUGAUUAUGAAUCGUCUCAUUAUCUACGUGAAGAAAUAUCCUGAACUGUAUAAUCCUAGUCAUGCAGAUUUCAAGGACCAGUCAAAGAAAGCCAAAGUUUGGGCGAAAAUAGCUUACGAAUUGGCCCUUGGAGAUGGUAACAUAUUUAUUUUAUCGGAUAUUAGCGGCAAUCAAUUUUGGGAUACCGCCAGAAGCAAAUGGAGAAAUCUUCGAGACUCCUACGUGAAGCACCUUAGAAACGGUACUGCCCAUAGCAGAGCUAGUAACACGCGGUACAGGAACUGGCCAUGGGCAAAACAAAUGGAGUUCAUGAGACCUUAUAUUGCCAGCAAAUGGCCUGAGUUAGCAGAUUCCUAUCAGGCCGAUUGUCUGAUUAUAAGCGAAGAGGAACGAAACGUUGUGGGUCAUGUUAUUGAUGAUGAAGGACCCUCGGCAUCAAAACGAAGAAGAAGCACAAAAUCAUCAAGCUCUUUGACUUCUGAAAAGUUCGGCCGAUACGGAUAUCUGUACGACUAUUUCAUACAGGAUUCCGAUGCAGAUGAUUUGCUAUUUCUUAGUUACUCAAAAACGCUUAGGACCUUUAGUAAACGCCGACAAAUGAUGGUGAAGUCAAAAAUUGCAAAAGUAAUGCUGAACGCUGAAAUGCAACAAGCAAAAGACGACGAGCAGAUGGAGGUCAAGUUUGAACCUGCGGAAAUUUAUGAAGAGGAUGAAGACGACGAUGAGGAGUAUCGCCAGUUUUUCAAUUUAUCGGAAAAUGUGAAAGCAGUUUGUGGCUACGGAGCGAUUUGUAGUGAACCGCACGAUACACGGUCGUGCCAUUGCCCCAAUCGCUUUCCGGGAGACGCAAUACCCAGUCCGCAAUGCGGGGGCCCCUUCUCGGUCUUGCUCAGUCGCAACAGUAUCGCAGCGAGCGUUGAGAACGCGUUUCGUUUGCCCGCUACGUUUAAGUGGAAAACAGUAAUGAAUCAAUUAAUAGCGAUAGUGAAACGUCAUCCUGAAUUGUACAAUCCCCAUCAUGUCGAUUUCAAGGAUCAACAAAAGAAAAACAGCUUAUGGACCCUUAUAGCUCUUGAACUAGGACUUGAAAGUGGAUACACUGCUAAGAGCAAAUGGAGAAAUCUAAAGGAUUCGUACGUAAAAUAUCUUCGGAAUGGUACCAGAGGUACCGAUAAAAGGUACAAGAAUUGGCCCUGGGCGGAACAAAUGGAAUUCUUAAGACCCACCCUUAUCAGCAGAUGCCCUACAUUAGCUGCCGGAUCAUCUUUACGUGAUCCUCUCAGUGAAGAAGAGGGAAGCGUGGAAAUUCAUGUUACAGAUGAUGGUCCUUCAGUUUCGAAACGUCGAAAAUGCGGGAAGAUUUACGGUCCGUCCUUUCCCCAUUUCGAAAAGGGUCUAAACGAUUAUUUGUUGCAAGACUCUGACGCUGACGAUCUUUUGUUCCUCAGCUAUUCAAAAACAUUGAAAACGUUCAGUAGGAAACGGCAAAUGUUAGUGAAAAUGGAAAUUUCGAAGAUAAUGUUGGAAGCCGAAAUGCAUCAAGCCACUGAAGACGAACAACUUGAGGUGAAGUUCGAACCUGAAAAUCUCGAACAAGAAGAAGACGAGGAAGAGGGUGUCAUCGAUGUGGAGCCUGGACCCACCUUUUUGUACCUAGAUAAAGAUGAGAAGUUCGACGAGGCCGAACCAGAGUGAAAGUCAAACAGAAUUUUUGUUUUUAUACCUGCAAUGUACAUACGCAUUUAAUGAUAAACUGAUUGUAUAAAUAAAUGUUUUCUAUAAAAUUAA